AUGGCAGGUUUGGGCGCCGUGGUGCGCAAUUACAGAUUCGUAAUUGGAUCACUCACAGCGACCAUGCUGAUACUACUUCUGAGAUCGUCCUCCAGCUCUUCGGGAGUAUUUCAAAUGUCGCCAAAACUGGACGAUGACACAGUAAGCUCGCUUCCCAUCAAUUCUACGCCAGGAUACAUCGACGAUGCUGCGUCGACCAAGAAAAACCCUUCCGUUGAAGAUGCUGUAAAGCAAGGCCUCACUCAGGCGUCAGGUAAAAAAUAUUCCAACUCUGCAAAAUGCGACAAAGACCAUCAAUUCAUCAUAAUGAUCGAUGCAGGUUCGACCGGCUCGAGAGUUCACGUAUAUGAAUUCGAUGUUUGCACGAAACCACCGACCUUGAUCGCCGAAACGUUUGAAGCGGUCAAGCCCGGUCUUUCGUCGUAUGACACCGACACUGUGGGUGCAGCAAAAUCCUUGGAUGGAUUGCUAGACAAGGCAUUGGAAGUUAUCCCCAAGAAUCAACAUCGGUGCUCGCCUGUUGCAGUCAAGGCCACUGCAGGUUUGAGGAAGCUCGGUACCGCGAAAUCUGACAAGAUUCUAGAGGCAGUCAAGACGCAUUUAGAAAACGACUAUCCAUUCCCAUUGCUGAAAAAAGAUGGUGUUGUGGUGAUGAGCGGAGAAGAAGAAGGUGUGUACGCAUGGAUCACUGCCAACUUUUUGUUGGGAAACAUUGGGGCUGGCAACAAGUUGCCAACGGCCGCUACGUUUGACCUUGGCGGGGGCUCUACGCAGAUCGUAUUCGAGCCCAGCUUCCCUCCCAACGAGAAGAUGGCCGAAGGUGAACAUAAGUACACGUUGAAAUUCGCAGAAGACACUUACACACUAUACCAAUUCUCGCAUCUGGGGUACGGUUUGAUGGAGGGUAGAAACAAGGUCAACGCGCUAUUGGUAGAGACGGCUUUGAAAGAUGGACGCAUUGAUAAAUCCGAUAAGAAAGUCACGCUGACAUCACCAUGUCUAGCACCCGGCGCUGUAGCGUCUGGUGUUGAAGUUCAGUUAGCAAAUGGCGACGAAUACAUUGUUACUUUCAAGGGCCCUGUGACACCUGCCGGAGCUCAAUGUCGUUCCCUGACUGACUCAGUCUUGAAGAAGGAAGCGAAGUGUUCAUUGCCACCUUGCUCAUUUAACGGUGUGCACCAGCCUUCUUUGGUGUCUACUUUCAAAGAAUCCAAUGAUCUAUACAUCUUCUCGUAUUUCUACGAGAAGACACAUCCUUUGGGGUUGCCACGCUCCUUCACGCUUCAAGAACUUGCCGAUUUGGCCCGUAUGGUUUGUAGUGGCCAAGAAGUGUGGGAUAGUGUGUUCAGCGGAAUUGAGGGUUCGGUCUCGCAGCUCGAGAAAGAGCCCCAGUGGUGUCUCGACUUGACAUUCCAAGUGUCCCUACUUCAUACCGGCUACGACAUUCCUCUCAACCGUGAACUCAAGACCGCGGAGAAACUUGCCGAUAGCGAGCUCGUAUGGUGUCUGGGCGCCUCGCUCCCAUUACUCGACGGCGAGAAUUGGAGCUGUCAGAUCUCUGAGAACUGA